AAAAAACUCCCAGCAAAUGGAAACCACUGAAAGUCAGCUCUCAGUUUUCUGCUUACUAUUGGUCAAUCGUUGAACCUUAUCAAAAGCUCUACUCUUGUUAAUCUAAAAAAUUAAUCAAUAUACAGAUAUUGUUAAUUUUGAAAAAUGGCUGGGACAGCUUGGACUGAGGAGGAAAUUGGGCGAAAAUGGGACCGCUGCUUUGCGGACGCUAUAUUUAAAUUAGGGGGUGGUAUUUUCCUAGGGUCUGUUGUGUCACUACUCUUCUUCAGGAGAAAAUGGCCUAUUGUGACAGGAGCAGCUUUUGGCUUAGGACUGGCAUAUUCAAACUGUGAAAAAGACAUAAAUGCCACAAUAGCACUAGAAGUAAAACCAGCAAACAGUAAACCAUCAGAUAAAGCUGCAAAACAUUAAGCCAGCCAAGAUUCUUCGUUAAUUCAUGAUACUGCUAGUUGAAUUUGUAUUUAUGAUGGCAUUACAGUCAUCACUGUAAAAAUACAAAAAAUUGUCACAGUGUACAUACAUAAUUUUAUUCACCAUAAGAUGUUACUUGAAACAAGCAAAUAAAAUCAUUUUCUUUUAAA